UGGUCGACGUGUCUGGCGCGAGAGUUUCCUCCAAAAUUCGAAUAUUCAGAGAGGGCUCUCCACUCAGCCAGUAACUCCAGAGCAGCCAGAAAACACAUCUUACAAUAAAAUAACUGGAAGUUUAGCUAGCGUUACCAAUACACCUUGUUUUAUUUUGUUUGCAGCGAAGAGAAGAAAAAUGGCCGCUCCACUGAAGAGCAUCUUGGAAAACAAAACGGUGGUGAAAACGAAGAAAGAUCCAAAGAGGUUGUCAGUGGAGAGGAUCUAUCAGAAGAAGACGCAGUUGGAGCACAUUUUGCUCCGACCAGACUCCUACAUAGGCUCUGUGGAGCCAGUCACCCAGCAAAUGUGGGUGUUUGAUGAAGAAGUAGGACUGAACUGCCGUGAUGUGACUUUUGUUCCUGGGCUUUACAAGAUUUUUGAUGAGAUUCUCGUCAACGCAGCUGACAAUAAGCAGAGGGAUAAUGGAAUGUCCUGCAUCAAAGUGAACAUUGAUGUUGAAAACAACACCAUCAGUGUGUGGAAUAAUGGGAAGGGUAUUCCUGUAGUGGAGCACAAGGUGGAGAAGGUUUACGUGCCUGCUCUAAUCUUCGGACAGCUGCUGACCUCUAGUAACUACAAUGAUGAGCAGAAGAAAGUCACUGGUGGACGUAACGGAUAUGGUGCUAAGCUUUGCAACAUCUUCAGCACAAAGUUCACCGUAGAGACAGCCUGCAAAGAGUCAAAGAAGAAUUUCAAGCAGACUUGGUAUGACAACAUGGCCAGGGCAGGAGAUACUAAAAUCAGUGCCUUCAGUGGAGAGGAAUUCACUUGCAUCACCUUCAGGCCUGACCUGCCCAAGUUCAAGAUGAGCACCUUGGACAAAGACACUGUGGCUCUGAUGACCAAGAGGGCCUAUGACAUUGCUGGGGCUGCCAGGGGUCUCCGUGUAUACUUCAAUGGCAAGAAACUGCCCGUCUCAGGUUUUCGUAGCUACGUGGACAUGUAUUUGGCGGACAAAGUGGACGAGGUUGGUAAUGCCCUCGUUGUGGUCCACGAGAUUAUCAAUGAUCGCUGGGAGGUCUGCCUCACUAUGAGCGAGAAAGGUUUCCAGCAAGUCAGCUUCGUCAACAGUAUUGCCACAACCAAGGGAGGGAGGCACGUCGACUAUGUGGCUGACCAGGUGGUGGGCAAGCUCAUCGAAAUUGUGAAGAGGAAGAACAAAGCCGGGGUGGCUGUCAAACCGUUCCAGGUGAGGAAUCACAUGUGGCUGUUUGUCAACUGUCUGAUCGAGAAUCCGACCUUUGACUCUCAGACCAAAGAGAACAUGACUGUGCAGCAGAAGAGCUUUGGCUCCACCUGUCCUCUUGGUGACAAGUUUAUCAAGCAGGCCACAACCUGUGGGAUUGUGGAGAGUAUCAUGAACUGGGUGAAGUUCAAGGCUCAGUCCCAGCUCAACAAGAAAUGCUCAGCUGUCAAACACACAAAGGUCAAGGGGGUGCCGAAGCUGGACGAUGCCAAUGACGCAGGUGGGAGGAACUCCAGCAGCUGCACUCUGAUCCUCACCGAGGGAGACUCAGCCAAGACACUGGCUGUGUCUGGGUUGGGAGUGGUCGGCAGGGACAGCUAUGGCGUCUUCCCUCUCAGAGGAAAACUCCUCAACGUGCGAGAGGCCUCACUUAAACAGAUUAUGGAGAAUGCUGAAAUCAACAACAUCAUUAAGAUCCUCGGCCUUCAGUACAAGAAGAACUACAGCGACCCAGAAUCCCUCAAGACUCUGCGUUACGGCAAGAUCAUGAUCAUGACCGAUCAGGAUCAAGAUGGCUCCCACAUCAAGGGCCUCCUUAUCAACUUCAUUCACCAUAACUGGCCGUCUUUGCUGCGUCACAACUUCCUGGAGGAGUUCAUCACCCCCAUCAUCAAGGCAACCAACAAGAAAAAUCAGCUGUCCUUUUACAGCAUCCCGGAGUUUGAUGCUUGGAAGGAUGGCCAGCCCAACAUAAAAUCUUGGAAAAUCAAGUACUACAAAGGUUUGGGAACCAGCACAUCUCAGGAAGCCAAGGAGUACUUCUCUGAUAUGCAGAGACACAGAAUCCCAUUCAAGUACGGCGGACCUGAGGACGAUGAGGCUAUCACCCUUGCCUUUAGCAAGAAAAAGAUUGAUGAGCGAAAAGAGUGGCUGACGAGCUUCAUGAUAAACCGGCGCCAACGCAGGAUGCACAACCUGCCAGAGGACUACCUGUAUGGUCAGGCCACCAAGUCCCUAUCCUACAACGACUUUGUCAACAAGGAGCUGGUUCUUUUCUCCAACUCUGACAACGAGAGGUCAAUCCCCUGCCUUGUGGAUGGUUUAAAACCAGGACAGAGGAAGGUGAUGUUCUGUUGUUUGAAGAGGAAUGACAAGCGGGAGGUGAAAGUGGCUCAGCUGGCUGGCUCUGUGGCUGAGAUGUCAGCCUAUCACCAUGGAGAGGGCGCUCUGAUGGGCACCAUUGUAGGUUUGGCCCAGAACUUUGUCGGAAGCAACAACUUGAACCUGCUGCAGCCUAUGGGUCAGUUUGGAACCAGGCUGCAUGGUGGAAAGGACUCUGCCAGCCCUCGAUACAUCUUCACCAUGCUCAGCCCUCUCACUCGCCUUGUUUUCCCACCUGUGGACGACAACUUGCUCAAGUACAACUAUGACGACAACCAGCGUGUAGAGCCUGAGUGGUACAUACCCAUCAUCCCCAUGGUGCUGGUAAAUGGUGCAGAAGGUAUCGGCACAGGCUGGGCCAGCAAGAUCCCCAACUAUGACAUCCGAGAGAUCAUCAACAACAUUCACCGCAUGCUCAACGGAGAAGAGACUCUGCCUAUGCUUCCAAGCUACAAAGGCUUUAAAGGGACAAUUGAUCAGGUGAUGGAAAGCCAGUUCAUGAACAUUGGAGAGCUGGCAAUCAUUGAUUCCACCACCAUUGAGAUCUCUGAGUUGCCUGUCAAAUCCUGGACGCAGGUGUACAAGGAAAAUGUGUUGGAGCCAAUGCUGAACGGCACAGAAAAAGUCCCUGCUCUGAUCACAGACUACAGAGAGUACCACACCGACACCACCGUGCGCUUCGUGGUCAAAAUGGCAGAAGAGAAGCUUGUGGAGGCAGAGGCUGCUGGUCUCCACAAAGUCUUCAAACUUCAGAAUCCCCUCACUUGUAAUUCAAUGGUCCUGUUCGACCAUGUGGGUAGCCUGAGGAAAUACGAGUCAGUGCAGGACAUUCUCAAGGAAUUCUUUGAGUUGAGGAUGAAGUACUACGUGCUAAGGAAGGACUGGCUGGUUGGCAUGCUUGGGGCUGAGAGUGCUAAACUAUCGAACCAGGCCCGCUUCAUCAUCGAGAAGAUCCAGGGCAUCUUGGUUAUUGAAAACAAGCCAAAGAAGGAACUGAUCCGCAUGCUGCAGGAGAUGGGUUACGACUCUGACCCAGUCAAAACUUGGAAACAGGCUCAGGAGAAGAAUGAAGUGAAUGAGGAUGAUAAGGAGGAGGAAGCAGAGGAGGAGGAGGAUACCAGUGGGCCAGACUACAACUACCUGCUGGGCAUGCCCAUGUGGUUCCUGAGCAAAGAGAAGAAGGAAGAGCUCUGCAAACAGAGGGAUGCUAAGUUGGUAGAGCUGGACACCCUGAAGCAGAAGGCUCCUGCAGACCUGUGGAAGGAGGACCUCGCUGCUUUCUCAGAGGAACUGGAGAACGUUGAGGCCAAAGAAAAGGAGGAUGCCGGCAAUCCUGUUAAAGUUAAGGGCAAAGGUAAAGCAGUGAAGGUGAAGGUGAAGGUGAAGGAGGAGACUAUGCCCACGCCACAGGGCCGUCGUGUUGUUCCCCGUGUCACCAGCACCAUGAAAGCUGAAGCCAGCAGGAAGGCUGAUGUCAAGAAAGGAGAAGGCAAGAGAGGCAGGAAAACCAAGACUGAAGAUGUAGUGGUAAAGAUGGAGUUCGGAGAUGAUGCAGAGAAUGUAGAGCCGUGUGAGGAGAUGAGUUUGGCUGCACGACUGGGCAAGAAGACUAAACCCCAGGCGAAGAAAAAAGCAGAACCAAAGACCAACAAACAGACCACUCUUCAGUUCAAGCCCGCCACCAAAACCUCCAAGAGUAAUCCUUGGUCUGACGAGUCUGAUCAGUCCGACAGUCAAGCAGAGAAGGAGAAUGUGAUCUCCCCAAAAGAAGCUGCGGGAAAGGACAGUUUGGACAGUGAAGAUGAAUUUAAUGACUGGGGGAAGAAGAGUGCUCCAAAGAAGAAGGUUCUAACCAGUGAUGAUGCCAGCUUUACCCCUGAGCUCAGCAGCAAGGCUGACAGCAAUGCAGACUCUCCGGCCCUGCCUUCCAAAGAUCCAGAGCCAGCGAAGAAAGUGAUUAAAAGCAAAUCAGUGAAGGCUCCUGUUCAGCGUAAGACCAAAGACGCUGCACCCAAGAAGGCACCUGCUGCAAGGAAACCUGCUGCAUCCAAGAAGAAGGCUGCAGGUGUGAAUCAGCCGUCCAUUCUGGAUGCUCUGUCAAAGUCUUCAACCAAGAAGCCCCCUACAUUUGACUCCAGCGACUCUGAGAGUGAAGCUAAAAUUAAAAAGUCAAAGCCUGUUCUGAAACGCAAACAGACCAUCAGCAACGAAUCAGACAGCAGCUCUGACGACCUUAUGGCUCGCCUCAAGGCCAAAAAAAGUGUCGGCGGAAAGAAGACCAAGAAGUGGGAUGAGGAUGACAGCUUCAUGAUGUCAGACAACGAAGUCAAUUCUCCAGUAGCUGCGGCCCCGCGAGAGAAGCCUGCACGCGCCCGCAAAGCUGUAGUCUACAAGCUGGACUCAGACUCAGACUCAGACGAGUAAAUUGUAGCGAGUUAGUUUUCAUUGUUCGGUAUUUCCUUUUAAAGUAAGUGAGUUGAUCGUAUAGGUAAGGCCGUCUUUUAAGAUACAUUUAACUUUACAUUUCUAGAAGAAGUUUUGGACUAAUUAAACUUUCAAGCUGCUGUUAUAAUAAGGCUUUUAUCAUAAUUUUAAAAACUCUCCAUCCUGUCAAAGGGAAGGAAAAAAAUAUUUGAUUUAUUUACUACUUGAACUGUAUGAUACUCAUGUGCAGCUUUAGUUUUAGUGUUCACUCGUUGGUAUGUUGAAUUUUAAUGUUUGUUAUCUCUUGUCUUGUAAAUAUUUCUAUGGCUGUUCUUUUUUAUAUUCUUAAAAAUAAAGGUUCCCUGUUUGUUCACUGUAAACUGCA